GCCGCAGCGGCCGCCGCCGCGUUCGCUGAAAGCUCCCCGCCCCCUCUGGCGACCCGUAGCAUGUCGCCCUUUGACCCGCGGCGGCGCCAGGGUGAAAGGCUGGGCUGCCAUUUUGUGGCGGCGGUUGGUUGUCUCUGAGGCGGGGGGGCCCCGGGCAGGUGGGCGCGGCGGGGCCGGUCCAGGCCGGGCGGAGGCCGAGCGGGUGGGUCCCGGGCCGCCCUCCUCCUCCCCCCCACGCGCCAUGUCCUCCUUCUCCGAGUCGGCGCUGGAGCGGAAGCUGUCGGAGCUGAGCAACUCCCAGCAGAGCGUCCAGACGCUGAGCCUGUGGCUCAUCCACCACCGCAAGCACGCCGGGCCCAUCGUCACCGUCUGGCACCGCGAGCUCCGUAAGGCAAAAUCAAAUAGGAAACUGACCUUCCUAUACUUGGCAAAUGAUGUCAUCCAGAACAGUAAAAGGAAGGGACCCGAGUUUACAAGGGAAUUUGAAUCUGUUCUUGUGGAUGCUUUUUCACAUGUUGCCAGAGAGGCAGAUGAGGGUUGCAAAAAACCCUUGGAGCGGCUGCUGAACAUCUGGCAAGAAAGGAGUGUGUAUAGCAGCGAGUUCAUACAGCAGUUGAAACUGUCUAUGGAGGACUCCAGUAGCCCCCAACCCAAAGUUACAGAGGAGAAGAAGUCCUUGAAGCGGACGUUUCAGCAGAUACAAGAAGAGGAAGAUGACGAUUACCCAGGGAGUUACUCCCCACAGGACCCCAAUGCUGGGCCCCUUCUGCAGGAACCAUCUGACCUACUCAAGACGCCCUGCGCUGAUGCUUCCAUCGCCCAGUUGGUCUCCAAUUCCCUGGUCCCACGGGAUGGUGAGACUGAAGACUUGAUCAAAGCCCUGCAAGAUCUAGAAAACGCAGCCUCUGGAGAUGCCACUGUACGACAGAAGAUUGCCUCGCUUCCCCAAGAGGUUCAGGACGUUUCACUGUUAGAGAAGAUUACAGACAAAGAGGCAGCCGAGCGCCUUUCAAAGACUGUGGACGAGGCAUGUUUGCUACUAGCGGAGUACAAUGGGCGCCUGGCGGCAGAACUGGAAGACCGGCGCCAGCUGGCCCGCAUGCUGGUUGAGUACACGCAGAACCAGAAGGACGUGCUGACAGAGAAGGAGAAAAAGCUUGAAGAGUACAAGCAGAAGCUUGCCCGGGUGACUCAGGUCCGCAAAGAGCUGAAGUCCCAUAUACAGAGCCUUCCGGACCUGUCGCUGCUGCCCAACGUGACUGGAGGGCUGGCGCCUCUGCCGUCGGCUGGGGACCUCUUCUCAACUGACUAGGACAUCAGGGUGUCUGCAUUCUCCCCCCCCCCGCCGCCCAACCUCCACCCCCAUUCCAGUUAAGACCAGCAGAACUCCUCAUGAAGACUGGAGACUCUCUCCGCUCUCUGGCACAGGCAGGAAACGGCAGAGACCCCCCUUGGCCCCCCGCCCAGCAGCACACGCUGCCCAUCGCUUUCCAUGUGGCAAGACGUCUUGUGGAAGAAGGCAGCCUUUCUCAGAUUGGCAAGAAUACAUGUUUACGUGCCUCCCCUUUGGGCACUCCCAGUUUCCACCAGCGCCUGUGCAAAUCAUGUGUGUCUACUUCUGAGAGUUUUCAGCAGAAAGAAAAAGUUGAUUUAUGUUUGGUUUCUUUUCCUGUAUAAAAAAGUGGAUUGUUUCUGAAUUUGCUUGGUGUGUGUCGAGCUUGGUUUUCUGGGCCUUCCCAUUCUGGAGGACGGGUGCCAGAUCUCUGUAAGGAAAGCAGCGCACCUGGAGGCUUCUGCUCUACAAUUAAUUUCAGUGGGGUGGUUUCUGCUUUCCUGUGGCAGGUGAGGAUAUGCAGGCCCUGGGCAGCCAAAAAUAAAUUAUUGUGGCCUAGCGCCCACUUGCCGGCUCUCCCCUCCUGCCCAGUGCUUGUGCAUCAGCACGUGUCAGUCUUGCUCAGGCCCCCCGUCUUGUCCUUGGACUCGGCUUCCUCUUCCUGCAGCAUUUACACGUGUAGAGAUCAUUAAAGUCCUUUAGGUUUCAGUUCAGCCAGUUUAGAAUUCUCAAGAAAUCUUUUCUCAGGAGGAUUGAGUUUCUGCCUAUGGAGACGGCUUUGAAACUGUAUCAGCUUAAAUUUCUCUUGAGUUGUGAGUCAAUGGACUAAACUCCUGAAGGAGGUUAUAAAUAGUCACAAGGAGCAUUUAAACGAGCAAGAGGUGAUGCAGGAGUUACUCUCUGUGGCUUGUGUCCACGGUUGGUCUCCAUUCCUCCACGGUCACCCAAGCUCUUCUCCCUUCACCAGUGCUCUGUGUCAACAUACAGCAAUAUUUGUUCCUUCUGGAGUGUUCUUCAUUUCACAUGAAUGUAGGAUGGCAGUUUAUUUUGGGCUUUUCUUUUUUCUCUCCCCCACCCCCGCCCCCCAAAUAAUUUCUUGAAUCCAGUGCUGGUGGUGGUAUUCUAGCUACUAGGGCCAUCCCAACCGCCCUUGGACUCUGAUUUUGCAAGGAACUUUGUCACCUCUCUGCAUUGUUGCCCUGAUUCAGUCUCCUUGCAUUGACCUGGAAAUGCAUUCCUUGCAGUAUGAUGCCUUUGUCAGAUGUACUCACAAAGAUGCUGUUUUUCAUCAAAGGGUGAUGCUGUGGGGCUCAAAAGCUGCCUUUGCAGCUGCUGCAGAAGAGUCUUCAUGGGGCUUAUUUCCCCUAGAUAUAGUUUGGCAUCAUGGGGAAAGCCCCACCUGUAUGUUUGCUGUCCUAUCCCAAUGUUUUGGUGCAUUGAUUGUGGGAGUGGGCAUUGUACGAGGUCAGCUGUCUGUGUGGGGUGACACUAUCCAAACUGGUUUUGUGAAUUGGCCUUAUUCCUGGGUGAGAAAGCAGUUCUUGUCUGGAAAGAAGAAAUGAAUGUUGGCAUCUCAAGUGGUUUUGCUGCGAGUUCUGAUUUCUGAUUUACACACACACACCCCAUUGAAAUGGCUUGUUUGUGUUUCUCUCCCCUGCAAUCCCUGUGUUCCAGUUUUAUUGGUUUAACGUGAUUGAAAACUCAUCAAUCUAAUUUGUUUGAAGAGGUCAGGGAGAGGCAGAGGUGUCUGUGUGAAGACCCUUCGCGUUGUCGGUGGUCUCUUCUUGAGGUCAAAUCCAUAUUCUUGCCCCAAGACAUUUUUCUUAAAUCUGUAUAUUGAUUUAGAAAUAAAUUUAGAGGUAUAGGCUGCCAUUUUAGCAGCAGUAUAUUCUGAAAUGUCUCAAAUAUAUUUUUGAAUAAAGAGGGUGUCAUUCACUGGA